UGUUUAUUGAGAGAAGUGCUUUUCUUGCAUCUACCGUUACUGUAAGUAAACUUAGCUUGCAUGGUGGAAAAAUCUCAGAUUCCAAACAAAAACUUAUUAAACAAAACCCCACUUUUCUUUUUUACUAUUCUCUUCUUUAUCUAUUCCCCUAGGGUUUAUUUGCCUUUGCCAUAACCAAAAACAAAACAAAACAGAGGAAAUUCGUAAAUGUCCCAGAAAAACAAAAAUAGAACGUUGAAUUAAAGUAAAGAAAUACUUCAAUCCUGAUUUCUUGAUUCCAUUUUCUUCAGAUCGAACUGGGUUUUUCUUUAAUAUUUUUUAAGGGGGGAGGGGGGGUUGGGUUUGGGGGAAAAAAACCCUAGGGUUUUAGUUGGCGAUGUCUGCAGGGGUUUGUGGGAAACGGGUGGGGUUCGAAGAAAUCUUCGGAUCUUCGUCUCCCACGUCGGCCAAGAGAUCCAGGUGUUCUAGUUACGGAUCUCCCAUCCGAUCAGGAUCCGAGGACCCGGUUUCGGCCUUGCUUCAAAUGUUUCCUGACUUGGAUCCUGAGUUGGUAAAAUCUGUUCUCAGGGAUCAUGACAAUAAGAUUGAAGAUGCAAUUGUGAGUUUACGUGCACUUUCUUUUGGUGACUUUAGUGAAAGAACUAAAUCACAGGGACUUGAUUCAACAACAAUUGGGAAUUGUGCUGCUGUUCCUGGUGAGAGUGGGGCUACAAGUAGUCAAAUGUCAGAAGAGAAUGUUGGAAAUAUAAAUACGGGUUUUGUUGGUGAAAAUAUAAUGGACGGUUCCAAGUGGGUGGAUUUGUUUGUGCAUGAGAUGAUGAAUGCAACUGAUCCUGAUGAUGCUAGCGGACGUGCUGCCAGGAUUUUGGAGGCUUUUGAGAGAAGUAUAACUGCCAAUUCAAAGACAUCGAAGGAGCAGCAUGAGCAUGCAUCUCUAAAGGAGCAUCUGCAGAGCUUGUUGAAUGACAACCAGAUUCUAAAGAGAGCAGUUGCUAUUCAGCACGAACGCCAUUUAGAGCAGGAGGAGAAGGACAAGGAAGUGCAACAUUUAAAGCUUGUGAUAAGCCAGUACCAAGAACAAGUUCGGAAUUUAGAGAUGACUAACUACGCCUUAAAGGUCCAUCUUCGGAGAGCACAAGAAAGUAGCUCUAUUCCAGGGCAAUAUCACCCAGAUAUAUUUUAAGGUUCUUAUGUGAAUCGUCUUCAAAUUUAGUGAUUCCAAAUACGUGAUUUACUCUCACUCUCC